CAUGUACUCUUAGAAAUAAUAACAUUUAUUAAUUAUUAUUACAAAUAGAUAAAUAGCAAUAUUGGUAUAUUUAAUAUUUUAAUACGUUUAAAAUAUGUUUUAAUGACUGAAAUAAAAGACAUAUCAAGUCUGAUUUUAUAAUCCAGUUUCAAAUACUAUAAACACGUGUGUGUCCAGCAUGUCCAGAUUGGGUGCCCUUAAUAUUACAAAAAAUUCUGGCGCUAAACACACUGCUACAGUCAUAUUUUUUCAUGGUUCUGGAGCAGCUGGUGAUCAUAUGAAGGAAUGGGUCCAUUUAUUAGCUAAAAAUUUUGUUUUCCCACACAUAAAAAUUCUGUACCCAACAGCACCUCUACAGCCUUACACUCCGGCUGGUGGUCUUAUGAGCAAUGUUUGGUUUGACCGGCUAGAUAUUAAUCCUAGAGCUCCCGAAGUUUUGGAAUCUUUAGCUCAAAUAGAAGUAGAUAUAAAAAAAUUAAUAAAAAGUGAAAAUGAGGCUGGUAUACCAAGUUCAAGAAUAAUUGUUGGUGGAUUUUCGAUGGGCGGAGCUUUAGCCCUUCAUACAGCUUAUCGAUGGGAUCCAAAUGUAGCGGGGGUUUUUGCUUUCAGUUCAUUUUUAAAUGAUAAUUCAGUGGUAUACAAAGAGCUCAGAGACUCUGCUACUAAAGUCCCUUUGCUCCAGAUACACGGUGACAGUGAUGAUUUAGUGGAAUUGGCUUGGGGUGAAGCAACAUUCAAAGAACUUAGAAGUCUAGGAGUACAAGGGAAUUUCCAUAUUAUGGAGAAGUUAGGACAUUCAUUGAAUAAAAGAGGGUUGAAUAUCAUCAAAGAUUGGAUAGACAAACAUCUCCCUAAUAUAUAAGGGUACUGUUCUAUGGUCUAUCUAUUGCAGUACUGGGUCCGAUGGUGUUAGUCUGGGGUUUAGCUGACAUUUAUAUUAUUAAGUAUAUGUGUCUGUUAGUAUCUAUGUAACUAGGACUACAUAAAAUAAUGUAGAAACAAAUUCAUAAUUAAAUAUUUACACUUGUUAUAUUGCACAAA